AUGCAAAUCACAAAUAAAAUAUAUAAAUUAAUAAAAUAUGUAUAUAUAUUAUAUAUAAUUAUUCACUCCAACUUUAUAUUUCCAAAAGUCAUAUUGACUCAGAUUAAUAAAAAUGAAACGAAUAAUAUAUUAAAAUAUCCGAAUUAUUUUUAUGUGAUAUCUUUAUAUAGAAAAAAUGUAAUGUUUAAGAAUAAUAAUGUUCUUAACAAGUCAGUUACCAAAUUUGCUCUCAAUACAAAAAAAAGGCACAAAGAAGCUUUAGCGAUAAGAAAAUAUAGGAUGACAGGACCCUCAUCCAUUAAAAAACAUUAUGGAUUUGGAGCACAUAAGAGAAUUAACAAAGUCACCAUGUUACCACAUAAAGAAAUAAAAUUACCAAUAAGAAGGUGCGCUAUAUUGGGAAAGAUGGAUAACUGGAAUGCUCGGAAAAUUUCAAAGUCAGGUGUACGAACUCACCGAAUUCAAAGACUCAAUUUAAUAAACAAAAGAAUAUUUUUUGAAGAAGAAAAUCGUUUUAUAAAAAUGAAGGUAAGCGCCAAAGGAUUAAAAACAAUCAAGAAGUAUGGAUUAGCAUACUGUAUUAAGAAAUUUAAUUUAGAUUUUAGUAAAAAAAAAUACGAUGCAGGAUAUUCAUCAAGAAGGAGAAAGAAAAAAACACAAGAAUUAAAUCAAACUAAUAGUGAACGUACAAAUGUGACUAACGAUAAUAUUCAGAAAGGUGUUGAAGAAGUUGAUAAAAUUAUGGACAAACUGAAUUUGGCUGAUAAAAAAAUACAUAAAGAUUUAUAA